CCCCACAAUCAUAUUUACCUUUCACCCCUUGCUGGUUCACACAAUCGCUUUCAGGAGGAUUGUGCGGAGGUAAUAAUCAUCACUGGAAGCAGUUUCGACAUGGCAGAGGGAAGUAAUGGGUCUCCUACUGUUCCACAGAGCUGUGGCGAUGGGUCUCCGACUAGAGUUUUGUGUGUCAGGGAUGCAAGCACAACCGACAAACCCAGAGCGAGAAAAUCUACUUCGGCCAGUCAAACGGAAUCAAACACCGAUGCGAAACCCUACAUGUGUGGGGAGUGUGGGUACAGGACAGCAUGGGAGUCUACCUUAUCCCGACACAUGAGAACACACACAGGGGAAAAACCAUUCAAGUGUGACCAGUGUGGAUAUUCUGCAGCGAGAAGAUCCAAUUUGAACCGACAUUUAGCUGAACACACUGGUGACAAGCCCUACAUGUGUGGAGAGUGUGGGUACAGGGCAGCUCGGAAGUCUAAUUUAUCCGAUCAUAUGAGAACUCAUACCGGUGAAAAACCCUACAAGUGUGACCAGUGUGACUAUUCUGCAGCACACAAAAAAAGUUUUGACCUACAUCUAGCCAAACACACCGGUGAUAAGCCGUACAUGUGUGGGGAGUGUGGUUACAGGACAACUCUAAAGUCUCUCUUAUCCCGACAUAUGAGAACUCAUACCAGUGUCAAACCCUUCAAAUGUGGCCAGUGUGACUACUCUGCUGCACGAAAAUGCAGUUUUGACCUACAUCUAGCCAUGCACACUGGUGAUACACCCUACAUGUGUGAGGAGUGUAGGUACAGAACAACAAAGAAGUCUGACUUAGUGAAUCAUAUGAGAACUCAUACUGGUGAAAAACCCUACAAGUGUGAUCAGUGUGACUAUUCUGCAGCACAUAAAUCCACAUUGAACCAAAAUCUAGCAAAACACACCGGUGAUAAACCCUACAUGUGUGGGGAGUGUGGGUACAGGACAGCUUGGAAGUCUGCCUUAUCUGACCAUAUGAGAACUCAUACCGGUUACAAACCCUACAAGUGUGACCUGUGUGACUAUUCUGCAGCACAUAAGUCCGCAUUGAACCAACAUCUAGCAAAGCACACCGGUGAUAAGCCCUACAUGUGUGGAGAGUGUGGGUACAGAACAGCUAAUAAGUCUCAUUUAUCCGAUCAUGUGAGGACCCAUACCGGUGAAAAACCCUACAAGUGUGACCAAUGUGACUAUUCUGCUACACAGUCGUCCGCCUUGUACCAACAUCUAGCCGUGCACACUGGUGAUAAACCCUACAUGUGUGGGGAGUGUGGGUACAGGACAGCUAAGAAAUGUACCUUAUCCCGACAUAUGAGAACUCGUACCGGUGACAAACCUUACAAGUGUGACCAAUGUGACUAUUCUACUACAGUGGAAUCUACAUUGGACAACCAUUAUAAAACGCAUCGUUAAAAAACAGUACAUAACUGAGGAAUGUGAUUUCGGACAUGUAAGAUAAGUCCCUUAUCCGAGCAGGUAGCGUACAAGUGUUGUAUGUCAUCUAGCUGUAUAAACAUACCAAUUAGUAUCCCUGAAUGCGUAGGCGUGCUUAGGGACUUGAAGACAACUCUACAGUAGAUAAUCAUAUCACGGCAAAAUUUGCCAGUGCUUGAACUUGGACAGAAAGCUCCAACAGUCUCCAGACUACCGCCACUGGUUCCACUGUCACCAUGGAGACACAUUGUAAACAACAACAACAAUGUGACAGUACCACAACGUAGUUAUGAUAAUCGGACACCACUACUCCAGUUUGAGAGACAUGGUACACCAGAGAUUUUAAUACCAGUUAUGAUUUUUUUUUAUUCGCAUUGAUUUAAUGAGCAUAGGACAAGAAGCAUGUCUGAUUAUGUGAGUCUUCUACUCAGUAAACAUAAAACAAAUAACAGUCAAAGUCAACAGAAACUAAGACAAAUAACAAAGGUUGACAUUGAAAAGACUAAGUGAACAUCAACGGAGGAAAAGUAAUAAUUGCAGAGUUACAAUAAAGACGAACUAAAAACGGCUGUACAGGCACAGCAAGGCUGGCUUAACAAUAAAAUUGAACUAAAAGAAUCUUCCAGUCUUUGAAAUAUAGUUAAACACGUGGUCGAGAAUUUGACACUUUAUGGAAUAUGGGAGGGAGGGGUUGCCCAUAAGGAGUACAUACGGUACGGUCAGAUGAAUGGAGGGGGUCGAAUGAGAGUAUUUCUUUCAGGUUCAAACAGGCUAUAGAUUGUACGAGGGGCGUUCAAUAAGUAAUAACCCACUUCCAGUUGUCUGAUCUAGAUGAAAUUUUGC